UUUAUAUUCAUACAACAGUCAUCCUGGGCUUUACUUUUCUUUAUUUUUGCACCAAUUGAAUCUAACUCAAUCAUCUGUGAACACUCUAUCAGCACCAUUGUAUUCGUUUAUGACUGUCCGCGAUCAUUGCAGGAAUGGACGAAAGCAUCGGACAGAAAACGGUGCUACAAUAUUCCUCAAAACUGUACGUCUCCAGAUCAGUUCCAGUACCACUGUCUUCUGGAUCCAAAUAAUCAAAGAUUAUUUGAAAUAUGUGCUACAAAACGAAUAAUGACAGGCCAGUUCUGUCCAAAGUUCAAUAUCCAUGGUUUCCGGCUCGAAAAUAACUAUGGACGUCCAUGUGUGAAUGGAACACCGUCAUGUCCGCAUCACUACAGAUCCACGGACGUCUACAAAUAUAAAACUUGUUACCCGCAAGUGCAUAUGAGCAGUUUGGAUUCACAUGGUUUCACCACAAUAAAUAUACUAGGAGGCAAUACUUCUAAGACAACAAAGGGAAUGCAUGACGAAUCGAACCUUUCAUUUCCAGUUUAUGCAAUAAUUAUAAUACCCUGUAUGUGUGUAGCAGCAGUAGUCGUCAUCCUUAUUAUUGUGAUAAAAUGCCUAAUAAAGAGAAGACGUAAAGGUUCGCCAAGGAACAUCAAUGAACAAGAAGCGUUAAAAGCCAAUGAUUCCGCAUUUGCCAUUGGAAAAAAUGAAAAGAAAAACUUAUUCAAUGUAUAAGAAAGGCAUUUUGGUGCUGGGAAAAAACAUGAAAAUAAUAAGGUUCUUAUUGAUUUCAUUACUCUGGUUUUUUAAAAAAAACAAUUUAAAUGCCUUAAGAUGUUUUAUUACAUGUACUUUAUAUGGCUGUCGUCUGCUUAGUGCAGUGGUUAGAGCGAUUACUCUAUUCGUGGAGAUACAAGUUAGUCUUAUGUCACGGGUUCGAAUUCCAUAGCGCAGUAGAUGCUAGCCAGAAAUAGAUCCCUCACUGCAACAAAGUAAAUACAAUGUAUAUCUAAAUUUUAAGUCCUAUUCAAAUAUCUUAUGUGCAAUGUUGUCGACAUGUAUUUCUUAUAAUGAUUGAACGAUUUGCAGAGACUUUUAUCACAGUUUGAUUUAUCACGUACAUAUCUCU